AUGAAGCGAAUGGUCCCCAGCAUGCGCUGCCAUGUGCUUCUUACUUUGGCUGCCGCCGCCACUGCUGCCACGUCUUCGCCCGGUCGUCUUCCUCCUGACCUCCUCCGUCGCCAGACCUUCUUCGAAGAACAAGCACGAAGAUGUGUAAAGGCUGAGGACACCUCGGUCUUGAUCGGUCUGUACCAAAGAGAAAUGGAAGAAAUACAGAGACUGGCGGAAGAGAAGGAGAAGCUUGAUCAAAGAAGGAGUGAGGAAAUACAGAGACUGGUGAAAGACAAGAGGGAUGAAGCCAAAAGGCUGGUGAAGGCAAUGAAGAAAUGUGAGAAACAUUACACGAGAAACUUGGCUGAUCUCUCGGAAAGAGUGCUUUAUGUCGAUGCUCAGCGAGUUGCAGUGCUGAACAACAGGGCGUUGAUCGAGAUUGGCAUCCGCAGAAUCACCAGCGAACUAUCCUUGAGCGCUGGCGUCCGCCGGAUUGUAAACAAGCACCUGCUUCAAACAAGCAAACAGGGGAAGAUGUUGAGCAUGCACUCGAAACGAGUUUGUAAGGAGCUGGGCCAGUACGAUUUUCUUACGGAUGAGCAGUCAGUGAUGAAGGAGCUCACAGUCUUGAGGCACGAGAUCUCGAAACCGCUUCAUAACCUGGCCCAUCAGAAGAUCUUGCCUCGCGGGUACUAUGUCGGAGGGUCUUCGCCCCUUGCUCAGGCGGUGGCGUGUAUGAUCACAUAUCUUCAGAGCGAGGGAAAGAUCUCGAAAGUACUGCCGGUGCUUGUGAUUGGUGAAGAUGGGGAGCCAAGGGAGAAAGGCUUGAGGAAGAACGACAGUCUCAUCUGA